AUGUACUCGCGACGCGUGAUACCCCGCCUUACCACCGCCAUCAACACCACCACCCCGUCGACGUCCGCCUCCCUCGCCCGCCCUUUCGCCAGCUCAGCAGCUCAAUGGGACAAGGACAAGAGCAAGCACAAAGCUCCCGCCAUCUCCGACAUCGAGCCUGAUCAGGGCCACAUCUUCGACCAGAAACAGAAAGCGUUCCGCGACAACCUAGCCGAAGCCAACCGGAAGCGCAAAGAGCAAGAGCGUGCGUCUGAGUCCAUUGCCAGUGCUAAGUCUUCUCCUAACACAUUUGCUUCUACUCAUCAAGUGCUCGGCGAGGCCGUAGGCUCACUGCAACCCUCUACAGGCGAAGCUGCUCGCGAACAAGAUGCCGAUGGCGUCAAGAAGAAGACCGGCCGAUUGUCGAGUCUCAUCUACGGCACCGAGGAGGGUCGAGAGAUGGAUCGCGAGAUUGAGAGGUCCUUCUCUCAGGUCUUGGCGAGAGGCAAGUAUGUCCACAGCAUUGUCUUCCACGAGGUGAAGCCGGACAAGGUCGAUGAGUAUGUCGAGCUGGUGGGCCAGUGGUACCCGAAGAUGGCGAGUAUGCCGGAGAACAAGGUACACUUGGUCGGUAGCUGGCGGACAGAGGUCGGCGAGUGCGAUACAUUUGUCCACAUCUGGGAAUACCAACGGUACUCCGGCUACCACGCCUCGCUCCACGCCAUCCAGAACCACAAGGACUUCCCUGCCUUCGACGCGAAGCUCAAGACUUUGAUCACGUCUAAGAAGACUUCAUUGAUGCAAGAGUUCCGUUUCUGGCCAACAUCACCACCACGCCAGCUAGGUGGUGUCUUCGAACUGAGAUCGUACACCCUGCACCCAGGCAACUUGCUCGAAUGGGAGACGCAUUGGCAAAAGGGUCUGGCAGCGAGGCGAGAGGUUAUGGAGGGCGUAGGAGCUUGGUUCGUGCAAAUCGGCGCACUCAACGAAGUCCACCACCUCUGGCAAUUCGCUGACCUCGAAGAGCGCCGCGCUCGUCGCGAGCAGAGCUGGAGCAUCCCAGGCUGGGGCGAGACGGUCCACAAGACGGUCCCUCUCAUUCAGACCAUGAAGAGCCGCAUCAUGGUGCCAAUGCCAUGGAGUCCAAUGGGCUAA